AUGGCAAUCAAAAGCAUCAAAGUCGAAACUUCAAAUGGAAACAACGUACCUUUUCUGAACACACUGUACAAAUCUCAAAAUCAAAUCUCGAAGAUAUCUGACGCCGAACUACAGUAUGCAAAAAGUUUAUCAAAGCUCAGCGGAAAAUUGGCACGGGCCUGCAGGGAGGGCGUCGGAGGUUUGAACGACACAUGGAGGUCUAUCGCGGUCGAACUGGAAACUCGAGCGGAGGCUCAUCGAGUCUUAGGGACGGCGUUACUCGAGGACGCCACUCGUCCAUUAAAAACCCUAACCGAAAAUCAACACAAGAUUCGCAAACAAGCCGAAAUUGGGGUGGAUAAAUCGACCAAAGUUCUUUCGGAAUGGAGGGCGGCGGAAGCGAAAAGUAAAAAACACAGCCACGCGUGUGCCCGAGAUAAUGAAAAAUUACAAGAUGCUUUACUAGACGUUAGAUUAUCAAAAACGACUAGUUUGAUUCAAUUGGCUCAUAUGCACAACCAGAAAGUGUUAUCGGAAAAAGAAAACGCAAAGUUGGAAGGUAAGAGGCGUAAGGCAGAAGAUGCAGUAAAAAAGGCCGACAUUGAAUAUUAUACGUUAUGCGUCAGAGCCGAACGCGCAAGACUAGAGUGGGAAUCUGACAUAUUGAGGGGUUCGAAUACAUUUCAAGUACUAGAAGAAGAAAGACUGAAUAAUUUAAAAUCUGUUUUAAAUUCGUAUUUACACCACAGCAAUCAAUUGGGACCUCGUCUUGUUGAGGCAACCGAAAGGUUAUCGGGUCCAGUUGCGCAAGCAGAUCCCUCCAAGGAUUUGUCAACAUUUGUGAAUCUUCGCAACUCCUCGCAACAAACCGCAGAGCAACUGCUUCCCGACUUUUACUGUGAACACAUUACCUUGGCCAUGAACAGAGACAGGAGAAAACAGGCAUUAGUGAAACUCCUCCAGCUUAUUAGGCAGGACAUUGAGCGAGAAAGGAAGUCGAAAAAUGGCCUGGAAAACUUAUCAAAGGCUAUCAAACAAACGCCAAAUUUCGGAGCGGAAGAUUCACAACAGAACGUUUCUGAAAAAUUAUACCACAUGAAGUCAAUGUUAACCUACCUGGAAGGUGCAAGAUACAAAGUACAAAACGCUUUAGCCGAAUUAGAUAGUAAACCAAAAACGGGUCACCCACUAGCCCCUCACAUUACAGUUACCAGAGAUAAAGCAGGAUUGCAGCAAAGUGUUUUAAAGGUACCUGAUUGGUUGCGCGAAGAAUUUGUAGAACCCGAAAAGAGCCCAGUCAGCGAAAAAUCUAUUAAAUCCGGCCAUAUCAACGAGAUUGACUACCUUGAACCGGACUGGACAGAUCGUGGCGCAGCGGAUGGUAACUCUAAUCAGCCGGAUUCCGAUUUUGAUGAGUUUUCAUCGCAAGGUAGUUCUGCAACUGAAGAAAAUCCGGUGCAACCGAUAGCUCAGUGCAAAGCUCUCUACACCUACACGCCGAAUCUUCCUGAUGAAUUGGCACUACAUCCGGGAGAUGUUCUAUCCGUUUACAGAAAACAAGAGGACGGUUGGUGGUUGGGAGAGUGCAAGGGUUCUGUGGGUAUUUUUCCAGCAACGUACGUUGAAAGUUUACAAGCAUAAUAGGUUGUUCUCAGGAAUUGUUUUGUAUUGGUGUGCUAUUAUAGUGAAAUACCAAACGGUUAAGUUUUAUAAUUGCAUUUAUAUAAAUUAUUUUCUAGUGAAGUAUGCGAUGUAAAAACAAUAAUUAAAUACCUAGGCCGUAAAACUGUAAAAAUAUGUGAGAUUUUUGCAAUGUUAUUUUCAUUAUAUGAAACAUCAGUAGUUGCAUUAAUCUAAUUCUGUUGUACCUAUUAAUAAAUUUUCUUCCAUUUAAAAAUGUA